CCCUCCGUCAGAGAGGCUAAAAGGUUCAGCAGACACUCUGUCUUUCCCUGUCUCUACUAGAAAAACCCCCUUAGCAUUGAUGCCCACCUCCUCCUGACAACUCAUCCUCCACCCACACUCCUACACCAUCUCACACCUAUGUCUUUGCAACAGGUGGACAGAGGUGGCAAACAAAAGCUGCUAGGUUGACUUCAUCAGCCUACUUCAUGAAUGGUAAACAUCCAUUGAGUGGAUCGAUCUGAAGACAUUUUCAAUCCUGUUUUGUGUUUUUGUUUUUGGUCGGCUGAGUUCGCUGACUGCAAAAGGGACGUCCCCCGUUGGCAUUUGAAGCGGACAGACAAGGCACACGUCUACCCGAUCCACAGAUCUUCUACUGGUGGAAAGCCUCAACAGAACAGUCACCAUGUGGGAGUUCCGGUCCAUGAAUUUUUGGCGAGCGGUCUUCGCAGAGUUCUUUGGUACCAUGUUCUUUGUCUUUUUCGGCAUGGGCGCCGCCCUGCGCUGGACCACUGGGCCUCACCAUGUCCUUCACGUGGCUCUGUGCUUCGGGCUGGCAGCUGCCACUCUCAUCCAGUCCAUUGGUCACAUCAGCGGCGGCCACAUCAACCCUGCCGUCACCUUCGCCUACCUAGUUGGCUCACAGAUGUCUCUAUUCCGUGCUGUUUUCUAUAUGGUUGCCCAGUGCCUAGGCGCAGUAGCUGGGGCUGCUGUUCUGUACGGGGUCACACCCACCAACAUGAGAGGCAACAUGGCUCUAAACACACUGCAGCCUGGCAUGAGCCUGGGAAUGGCCACCACUGUGGAGGUCUUCCUCACCAUGCAGCUUGUGGUGUGCAUUUUCGCUGUGACCGAUGAGAGGAGAAACGGACGCCUCGGAUCCGCCGCCCUCUCCAUUGGCUUCUCCGUCACCAUCGGACACCUCAUGGGGAUGUAUUAUACAGGUGCUGGAAUGAACCCUGCUCGAUCCUUUGCUCCUGCUGUGCUAUUCAGGAACUUCAUAAACCACUGGGUGUACUGGGUUGGCCCCAUGAUAGGCGGUGCUAUGGGUGCCCUUCUAUACGAUUUCAUGCUGUUCCCACGCAUGAGGGGUCUGUCUGAGCGCCUGGCCACACUGAAGGGUAGUCGACCCCCCCAGAGCGAGACCCAGCAGGAGACUAGAGGGGAGCCCAUCGAGCUGAAGACACAAGCUCUAUAAACCUGCCCCUGCCCUAUGCUCACGACGGGGCCAAGUGCAGAGGGACAAGGCCCUGAGCGAUGCCAGCCCCACCUCCACUGCCCCCUCCCAUUAUGUCUCAACACACUAUCGGACAAAACUAACCCACAUACCCACAUCUAAACUAACAGCUGAUGAGACUUACACAUUGCCACUGUACGCACCGAUUUGCAUAUAGUCUUACGACCUUUAACCUCAACACACAAGACUCCGCUAACCCCCCCUAGUCCUCACUCUAUUUCCUGAACUGGACACUUUGCUCUUAAGAACAGGGGCUAAAACUUGGACCAGCAGCCACCUGGUCGUCGUCCUCCUCCUCCUGGUUUCAGUUUUCAUCUGAAAAAGAAGUGUUGAAACCCUGAAACUUGCUAGGUGACUGGUGGAAGGAUGGAGGCAUUAUGGGCAGAGUGAGCAUGAGGUGGGGAUGUGGAUAAGGAAGGGGAAAAGGCCUGGGGUAGGUGUGGGUAGACUGGAGGGGUUUGACAUUUGGGGUUAGGGUAGAGAGGGUGGCACUCUGGGUUUGAAGGCAUUUCAGGUUGGGCUAAAUCUAUUAAAAUGGGCAUGCUUUUCAUUAUUCAUCUGAUUUUAUCUCCAUUUUGGAUUUUUCAGGUUCAUUUUCUUUUGUGCAGUUUACACACAGGACGUGGAUGUAUGAUACCUUUAGAUUUUACCAGGGUUUCACUAUUUUCAAUAACUACAUUUUAUCUGUGAGUUUGUGCUCGUGUGUGCGUGGAUAACUCUGCAGUAUGUGUGCGUGUGUGUGUGUGUGUGUGUGUGUGUGUGUGUGUGUGUGUGUGUGUGUGUGUGUGUGUGUGUGUGUGUGUGUGUGUGUGUGUGUGAGUGCACGGGAGUGAGUGCGUGCAUGUGUAUGAACUUGACUGUACAGUAUAUGUGUGUAGGCGUGAGGUUGCAGACACAGAACUUUUAACUUUGUUUUAUUCUCAUUACCACGCUUCCGUUUCGUACCAUUAACUGUGUUUAUUUUGUCACAAGUUUCUA